CUGUUGGUACAGCACCAGGACCUGUCGAGAUUUGGGAUAUUCACAAGAGUAAAAGAAUUAGACAAAUGAAAGGACACAGUCAACGAGUAGGUGCUUUGGCUUGGAACUCGUACACUGUCAGUUCGGGUAGCCGCGACAGAUUAAUUUAUCAUAGGGAUGUAAGAGAUCACAACGACUAUACGAUGAAGUUAAUAGGACACAAGCAAGAAGUUUGUGGUCUUAAAUGGAAUCCUGAAGGAACACAACUUGCCAGUGGGGGCAAUGAUAAUAAACUUUUGAUCUGGGAUAGAGCGAGCGACAUCCCUGUUCAUAAAUUUCCUUACCACACAGCUGCAGUUAAGGCUAUUACGUGGAGCCCACACUCACACGGUCUUUUGGCAAGUGGCGGUGGUUCACAUGACAAAAAAAUUCGUUUUUGGAGCACCACGACAGGUGAAGUUUUAGGAUGUUAUGACACGGAAUCCCAAGUUUGCAAUCUUGCCUGGUCCAGACACUCAAAUGAGCUUGUGUCGACCCAUGGAUAUUCUCAAAAUCAAAUAAUUCUUUGGCAGUAUCCUAAUAUGGAACAGUUGGCCGUACUAAAAGGUCAUACUUUACGUGUUCUCUAUCUAUCCGUGUCUCCAGACGGAGAAAACAUUGUUACUGGUGCUGGGGAUGAGACAUUACGCUUUUGGAAUGUGUUCAAUAAUGGAAAGAAAGAGAAAAAACGUAUGACGGUGUUCGAUAUUCGCACCCAAAUACGUUAG